AUGUGGUCAUUAAUAAUAAUUACUCUCUCGUUAGCAACUAUUGAACAAUUUGGGUCAGAAGCCUUAGUUGUAGGCACCAAUUGUACACUUGCUCCAAAAGGGAACCCAAAAUUCCCUAAAGAUUUUAGUUUUGGUGUGUCAACAUCGGCUUAUCAGAUAGAGGGUGCUUGGAAUGCAGAUGGUAAAGGUUUAUCAAUUUGGGAUGAAUAUACUCACAAUCAUUCUGAGCGAAUCACGGAUGGAUCAAAUGGUGACGAUGCAGCGAAGUCAUAUUAUAAUUUCGAUUUAGAUUUGAAGGCAUUAAAGGAUUUAAAGGUAAACCAUUAUCGUUUUUCGAUUGCCUGGACAAGAAUCUUUCCUUCUGGAGAAACAGUAUCGAGAAAUCAAAAAGGAAUCGAUUAUUACAACAAAGUGAUCGAUAAGCUUCUUGCAAAUGGAAUUGAACCAAUGGUCACCAUGUACCACUGGGACUUACCUGUCGAAAUACAGAAGUUUGGUGGCUUCGCAAAUUCCCUUAUAAUUCAGCAGUUCCUCCAAUAUGCUGAAGAAUUAUUUAAAUUAUUUGGUGAUAGGGUUAAAACAUGGAUAACAUUCAAUGAACCAAAUAUGAUUUGUAAACCGGGAUAUGGAAUUGCAUCAUCGCCACCAUUAGUUAAAGCCCCUGGAGUAGGGGACUAUAUGUGCUUUACUAAUUUGCUUAAGGCACAUGGAGCAACUUACCGACUUUAUCGGUCGAAAUAUUUUGAAAAACAACGUGGAAAAGUGGGAAUAACACUGGAUACUGGUUUUGUCUUCUCUAAAUUGAAUAAAACAGAUGAUUUGGCCCGCGCCAUGCAAUAUAAAUUGGGAAUGCUGGCUCAUCCUAUUUAUAGCAAGUCUGGGGAUUUUCCUUCAAUCAUGUUAAGUGAAAUAAAAAAGAACAGUCAAGUAGAAGGAAGAAAACAACCUCGUCUUUCAAGCCUUGGUGGAUAUUGGACAGAUAUUAUUCGUGGUUCAGCUGACUUCUUGGGUAUUAAUUACUACACCUCCAGAUAUAUUGAGCGUCCCGCUAAGGCAAUCGGUGAAAACCCUUCAAUGGAACGAGAUUACGGUUUCGAGGAUAUCUUUGAUCCGAACUGGCAAAGAGCAAAGUCCAAUUGGCUUUAUUGUGUCCCUGAAGGUCUGGAACGCCUUUUAAAGUAUAUCCGUGAUGAGUUCAAUAAUGUGGAAGUUAAGAUUACUGAAAAUGGUUGGUCGGAUGGUGGAGAACUUAAUGAUGACAAUUCUGUUCGUUAUUAUAAGAGCCACGUUCAAGCUGUUUUGAACGCUAUUAAUGAUGGUUGCAAUGUUAGUUCCUAUUCAGCAUGGAGUUUAAUUGAUAAUUUUGAAUGGAACAAGGGAUACACGGAAAAAUUCGGAUUGUAUUCUGUAAAUAUGAAAAGUCCUAAAAGAGAACGUACACCCAAGAAGUCUGCCAUUUAUUAUAAGAAAAUCAUCAAAUCGAGAUCAGUACCGAAUGAAGAUGAGGUUUAAAUCUAAUGUGUAAACGUUCAACAAAUAAAAUAUAUGAUUCUCAAAGCUA